AUGGAGAUCACGGUGGACAAUAUUUUAACCGCUCCGUGGCCGGUCAACGAGACCGAACUGGCGUGCGUUCUCCGGUCGACCCUGGAUGGAAUACGAUUCCUGCGUGAUCAGGGAAGAGCCUUGGCCACUCUGGGGCCGGACACGGUCUGGCUGAGCAAAAGGGGGCAGGUCCGCCUAGCCAGUGUAGAACAGAGCUACCAGAUCAAAACGUCUGACAUGAAUGCCGACACACUGAAAUCAACCGCCCUGGCAACGGUCAUGAGGAGUCUGAUGGCUACAAGUGCAGGACAGGGAAGGUGGAGCUCCGAGGCCCAACUCCCCUGGAAAACCUGCCCGUCAAGUCACUGGAUGUGUCAAUGA